CCGCCCUCCGAAGCCGCGAUGGCGGUCAGCGUGAAGGCUGCGUGUUGUGGUGGUGGCGGCGGCGGCGUGGAGAUGAAACUGCGCCGGCUGCUGCUUGCUGGCUGUGUGCACUGCACUGGGAUGUGUCUGCCACUUAGUGGGAACUUUUACCCCAAGCGCCUUUUCAGUUCUGUCUGUGCCUUUUCCUCAAGACUUGGCGAGACCCGAGCCCCCAGCCUUCGUCGGGCCCGCACAAUGCUCUGCCCACCGGGGUACGAUGUGCCAGGUGGAAGUAGAGAGCUGUCUCUGUGCAGCAGCAGCAGCAGCAGCAGCAGCUACAGUGAUGUGGGUUCAAGGCGUCCACCCAGAAAGGAGAACCUGCUGCAAGGAGGUGCAGCAUGGCCUGUGUCCUUUUUCCGCUGCAGAGUGACAGAUGCCCCUCUUUCCAGUGUGCCUCCAGCUUUCGUAGUGAUGAAGUUUGACCAAGAGGGAAAUGUGACAUCAUUUGAAAAAAAGAAAACAGAGCUUUGCCAAGAGCUAAGUCUUCAGGCUAGAGACCUUCGCUUUCAGCACAGUACCAGCCUCACUGCGAGAAACAACUGUAUUAUCAUACGAAUGGCGUCUUUGAAAGCCAUUGUGACCCCGCAGUCCCUUUUGGUAUUGGAUUUUCGUGGUCUGGGAUUGGAACGCUGGCUGGUACUGGAACUCGCCCCUCAGCUGGCAUCACAGACGCACUCUCUGCCCUUUGAGUUCAGGGCACUGGAGGCCAUACUGCAGCACAAGGUAAACACUCUACAAACCCGGCUGAAUGAAGUUGAACCAGUAAUAUUGGACGUAUUGGAAUCCCUAGUGGAUCCUAAAAUCCUUUCUGCUGAUAGAAGUAAACUACAUGUACUGCUGCAGAACAGCAAGAGUUUAUCAGAGUUGGAAACGGACAUAAAAGUUUUUAAGGACUCCUUGCUGAAGAUUUUGGAUGAGGACGAGAUCAUUGAAGAACUCUGUCUGACCAAGUGGACAGACCCAAGAGUUUUCGAGGAGAGCAGUUUGGGCAUCGACCAUGCUGAAGAGAUGGAACUGUUGCUGGAGAAUUACUAUAUGCAGGCUGAGGAGCUGGGGAACAAGGCCAGAGAGCUGAAAGGGCUGAUAGAUGACUCUGAGAGUGUCAUCUUUAUCAAUCUGGACAGCCAUCGUAACGUGAUGAUGCGUCUGAAUCUGCAGCUGACGAUGGGUUCCUUCUCCCUUUCCUUAUUCGGUCUGAUAGGGGUGGCCUUUGGCAUGAAUCUGACGUCGUGCUUUGAAGAGGACCCUCGUGUUUUCUGGCUGGUAACAGGCUUCAUGUUCUUGGGCAGCGGGCUGAUAUGGAGACGACUGCUGUCAUUUCUGGGACGGCAUCUAGAGCCUUCAAUACCCCCACUAAUCCCUCCAGUUUGGAAGAGAAACCUGAAAGCAUCGGACAUCAAAGCGGGAGUCAGAUGAAGCUCUACCUCUGCUCUGUAAAAUUCCACAGACCUCGCACAGAGUCUGGAGCUUUAAAGACGAUCAUUUUAUUACCCUGAACCUCCCGAAUUCUCUCCGAUGCUGGAAAUGUUCUAUUUUUUUUUACCUCAUUGCUUUACUCUCCCUUGCCUACAGCAGAGAUAGAGACUGCAUCCAAAUGUCUGGAGAUUCCACUGUUUUACACUAUGUGUGCUUCUGUGUCCUCAUCAUGAUAUUCCUCGCACUAUGUUUGGGUUAUUUCACAUACUUGAUUAGAUGUCUUCAUAUCUAAUCAUAUCAUAUCUGUGGAAAGCAUGUGGGUGCAGAGUAUUGCUCUGUCGUCACUGGUUUCAUGGCUCUACGUUCAGGCGAGAGGCAGCACUGGAACUGAAACCCAUAACAACCCCACUAAUAUGAUAACCACCGUACAUGCAGUUGUACGUUCCCUCAUUUCAUAGGUGAAAAAAGGUUUGUUAAAAGGGGAAAAAAAUCCUAUUAAUUAAAUAAAUGAGCCAUAUGAAUGUGUUAAGUCUAUUGUUAAGGUUUAUAAAGAGUAAUUUACACUUUUUUUGAAGCUGAAUAUUAGCAUGCAACAUCAGUUAGGCAAUAAGGAUUUAAUACACCCUAAAUAGACCUUUUUCACGGCAGACGUUUGACUUGUCAAAGAGGGAAAAGGUUUAAAUGAUGUUAACGCUGGCUCCCUUCCAUUAAGUGCACAAUAUCAUCUGGAUGAUUUGCAGGGACUAUUCUUGAAACACUCACUGCGCUGAAAGACAAGGAUUUUAAUCGAAUGAUACCCUGGCAUUUGAUGUGAUUGUCAACAUGACUAAUUAAAAGCAGGGAAACACAGGAAUGUUUUUCAGGCAAUUCUUCUAAAACUCACUCUUUGGUUGAACUGGUCAAAGAAGCUAGAGAUAUGCAACAGGUGACGAGGAAUCGACAGUAGAUUUGGCUUCACUUUCAGGGGUCACAAGCAAAAACUGUUAGAAACAACUGCCUUAUAGUACUGUGUAAUAUUUAUAACAAGUUGGGCCAAAUCCUUCACAUUUUGAGAGUUACUCCCUGUAUUAUAUUCACUGCCUAUAUAUUUAUUCACUGUUCUCAGAAUUUUUCAUGAUUCUUUUGUUUAACCACAUUGAAUCAGUGGAUCUGAUUCAGCUUUUCUAAAACUGAAAUACCAAAAGGAAAAAAAAAGACUAAAAGUGAAAACAAUUCCUUACAAAUUAAUCUAAAUUAUGAUUAAUCCAAAUAUAAAAUGAAAUAAAAGCUUAACUUUAUACUAAACUUAUAAACUACUUAAAUAUAAAAUUGAAGUUUUCGCCCAUUUCGAGGCUCUUUUGGCCACAGUUACAGCUUUGACAGUAAAGUGUCUUAAAGAGUCAAAAAUUGAGUCUGAAUUACAUCCACUGAAAAAGAUGUAA